GCAAGAUGCCGACUGGAGAUAAACCACAAGAGAAGCAUAAAAAAGAGUCCAUUAUCGAUUUAAACAGGUAUAUAGACAAACGAAUUCGUGUCAAAUUUUCCGGUGGUCGAGAAGCUGUUGGUAUUUUAAAGGGGUGUGAUAACUUGCAAAAUAUGGUGAUCGAUUGUACAACUGAAUACCUCCGUGAUCCAGAUGAUCCUCAUCGGUUGACUGAAGAUACCAGAGAAUUGGGUCUUGUGGUUUGCAGAGGUCCAUCAGUUGAACUAGUCUGUCCUGCAGAUGGAAUGGAAGCUAUACCGAACCCAUUUGUUCAGCAAGAAUAAUUGUUCAAUAUGUAAUUGUAAUAUAUAUAUAUAUAUUUUAUAUACAUUUGUAUAGUGCAAAUAAAUAUUUGAAUGGCA